AUGGCUGUUUCCAAAGGGCUUCAGACUCUGAAGUUCAAGGGCGCGCUAGUGUCCACGGUCGAUAAACCUAUUGCCACUAAGGAGCUAAUUUCGCGUCUUCAGGACCUGCACAACGAGCUAUCCUCGCUCGACCAGGACAAGGUCGACCUCAAGUCGCUGGAGGGGAUCAAGGACUCACUGAUCAACAAAAAGCUGCUCAAACACUCCAACAGUGGUGUCCAGGCGUUCUGUGCCUGCUGUCUUGCCGACGUUCUUCGUUUCUACGCUCCUGACGCCCCCUACAACGCUUCCCAGCUGUCGGACCUGUUCAAGCUGUUUUUCUUGCAGUUCAAGCAGAUGGGCAAUCCGGACGGCCCAUUCUACCACCAGCAGACGUACUUGCUGACACGGCUGGCCGAGACCCGGUCGAUCGUGCUGAUAACCGACCUGCCCAACGCAGAGACGCUUGUGGAGCAGCUGUUUGACAUUUUCUACGAUCUCGCCUCGUCCGGAACGUUCAGCAGCAAGCUAGAGCCGCUUGUGUGUGAGAUAUUGAGUGAGGUAAUUGCAGAGUCCAGUACGAUCCCCACCAAGACGCUCAAGCUGGUGCUGAACAAGUUUUUGGCCAAUACCAUGGUGAUGAAGAAGGGAAAUACAACUUUGCCAGGGUUCAAGUUCACUUUGGAGGUGUGCAAUGCGAAUGCAGACAGAAUGUCGCGCUUAUUAACCCAAUUCUUCUCAGAAACGAUCUAUGAGGCCACUAAGGGCAAAGAGAACGAGGACACGGAAGACGACAAACAGGACACGUCUGCUUUGCUGACGCAACUCAAAAAGCUGCACACGCUGGCAUUAGAGCUGUGGAAGUACGUGCCCGAGAUGCUUUCCUCGGCCAUGGGGCUGAUUGAGAACGAGCUGGACGCCGAGGACGAGAAGAUCAGAAUCACAGCUACCGAGACGAUUGGCAAGAUCCUGGCGGUCAAACAAGCGCGGCUCAACUUUGCCGCCGCGCACACCGACACCUACACGAACUGGCUCAAGAAGCCGCUCGACAAGUCGCCGCAUGUGCGCAGUUUCUGGGUGAAAUCUGCCGUGCAGGCCGUCAACGCAAACCCGGACCUUGCUCCCGAGCUGGCGGGCGGCCUGAUCAAGACGCUUGUUGACAGCGACGAGCGCACGCGGCUUACAACUGUGCGGGAGCUAUCAAAUGUGAGUCCAGGUGUGUUUGUCUCUAAACUGGCCAACAAGACCAUCAUGAACACAUUGGGUCAAUUAAUCAGAGAAAAGCACGCCGAGAUCAGAAGCUCGUGUCUGCAGCUGCUUGGCUCGCUAUACAACGCCCAUUUUGACGACUUAUACAAGAACGACGCCGUGACUGAGCUUUUAGGCUGGGUCCCAGACGACGUGCUCAAACUGGUGUACAUCAACGACAAGACCGUCAAUGCGCAGGUCGACCACACGCUUUUCGAGCUGCUGCUGCCAUUUGAGCUGGACGACGCCAGGCGCGUCGACCGUCUGCUGACGGUCACAGAACAUCUCUCGGAGAAGGGCAGAAAUUCGUUCCACGCGAUAGUCAAGCGACAGCCGCAAAUGGCCAAGGCAGUGAGUCAGCUGCUCGCUCUGGCGGACAUGAAGCCGGCCGACGACGUUGCUUCGAAAAUUGACAAGCUUAUCAACUGGCUCGUCGCGUCGUUCCCGGAGUCAGUGGACUGCCGCGCAGCAUUGAAGCAGCUGCUCAAGCUCAACAACAAGCGAUACUUCAAACUCAUCAGGCUGUGCAGCGACGUCGAGACAGAUUACAAGACCAUCACGAACUGCACAAAAGAGCUUUUUGGCAAGCUGAACGAGCUCAAAAACAUCAAGAUCGAUGGAGAGCCGAGUGUGGCUCCGCAUGACAUGCUGUUCACCGUCAAGCUGCUGGUGUACCGUUCGUCUGUGAUUUUCUACAACCAGAGCAACGUGGGCGAGAUUCUGCGGAUCAGCAAGGACCUAUCUCACUCACAUAACAGCGCCGCCCAGGACGUGCUGGAGAACAUUUCCACUGUGGUCCCAGAAGUUCUGCGGGCCAAUAUCUCGACGCUGACUCAGGAAACCAGCCUAGGCGGACCAAUCAGCGUGAAGGACCUCAAGGCUAUUUUCCAGUUUGGCAAGAAGUUCCCGGAGGUUAUCGUUACAGAGAAUUCUGACGAUUAUGUUGCCAGUCUGAAAAACCUGGCUGUUCGCGGCUCGCCCGCCGAGGCGAAGUACGCCGUGCGGCUGCUGGGCCAGUUACCGCGAACGGCCGCGCGCAACGCCGCGGUUGCGGCGAUCGUUGACGAGAUUUGGCCAUUGGACAUGUCCAAGGACAAUUUCAACACGUGUCUGGCGACUGUCGCCGAGCUUUUCUUGACCGAUCUUGCUCUUCUGGACGACAAAACCAAAGAGAUCAGCGCGUUGCUUGCGUCGCAGAUUCUGCUCAGAAACAGCACUAUUGGCGACGAGGACGAGGACGAGGUGAACGGGUGGAUUGGUCCAGAUGAGCUGGAGACCAACAAGGACUGUCUGUCGAAGAUUCUGGCCGUGCGAGUGUUUGUGAACUGGCUGAUUGCGGUGGAAACUGCUGAGAACGCCGCACAGGUGGCCGAGCCCGUGCUCAAGCUGCUCACGUCGAUCAUCGGCAACGGCGGCGAGAUUGUGUCCCCGAAAACAGGCACGUAUCCAACGCCCAAGAAAUACCAGUCGCGCCUGCGGCUGGAAGCCGGAAUCAAGCUGCUGAAGCUUGCCAGAUACUCGCGGUACAACUUUCUGAUCCAGCAGGACCUCGUGAACAAGCUGGUGCUGCUGAUCCAGGACGAGAAUGAUCACGUGCGGACGCUAUUCAUGGCGAAGCUCAAGAAAAACCUCACUCUGGGCCUGAUUUCAGAACGGUUCUAUGCGCUGGUGUUUUUCAUCGCCCACGAGCCCCAGGACGCUCUACGCGAGGACACAAAGACAUGGGUGCGGUCGAUGCACAAGCGCAAGCUCAAGGCCAACAAAAACGAGCUGCUGUUUGAGAAAUCGUUUGUCAGAAUGCUCAGCAUGCUGUCGCACCACCAGGAGUUUCUUGAGCUGCUGGAGUCUGCCAGAACAACGUCAGACUACACUGCCGUGCUGAACUUUGCGCUUACCUACGUCGGCCUCGCGCUCGACCUGAUUGCCAACAUGAACAACGUGUCGCUGCUUUACUAUCUUGCUUCGCGAAUGAAACAGUACAGAGACAGGCUUACUCCAGACCUUUCCAGCAAUAUGUAUCUGGUUUCAGAUUUGACGCAAUACACGAUCAAGGCUCUGGCUAAAUACAAGAAUUGGAGCUUGGCGACGUGGCCAGGCAAGCUGAGUCUGCCGGGCGAUCUGUUCGAGUCGAUCGGCGACUCUGCGCUACUGCACGAGCUCGCCGUCAAGUCGUUCAUCCCGGAGUCUGCUGUCAAGACAUUGGAUGACUUGGUGCGCGACAGGACACGGCAUCUGGCCGGCACAGCUGCCACGGUCACCACAGACCGCAAGAGACCGCACAACGACGAGAAACCACGGACCAAGAAGAAACUGGCUGUGGAACCGCAGCGGCGCAGCUCAAUCCAGCGCGCAGCCGUGAAUUACAACGAGGAUGACGAAUUCUAA